UGUAAUAUUAGGUAGAUAGUUUCUUGGUCAGUUAAGAAAAGAGCAUGAAAGGAACGUAAAGCUAAGAUUUAAUUGUGUACAUUCUAAUAAACUUAAUUUUAAAGCUAUCUACCAAGUGUUUUUCUUACAGUUAUUUGUUCAAAAGAGAUACUUAAUAAUAUUCUUUCAAUUUCAUUUUAACAAUAAUACAAAGUGCCUUUAAUUUCAAAAAAUUCCAUAUAUUACACGCUGCCCGCCGCGAUGUACGAAAAUAUUCCUUAUUAAAAAUGUUUCAAACACCCCCCGUAUCGUAAAGGAUUGCCGUCGAAACUAAAUAAUGAUUUACGACCGCGUAAAAAAAGUCGGCACUGUUUAGAAGUCCCUACUUCAAACGGCCGCAAGAGAGUAAAGGUUGGGACACACAUAUCCGGACCGUGCCAGGACCGAGACACGGCCGGGUGUCGGACGUCACCCGCUUCUGAAUUAAAACAAUUAAAAUAUAUGGAAAUGUUCACACAUGAUUGUGACGUAUCCGGGUCACGUCGCCGAUUCGUGUGCGGACCGGGCGGAAUAUCGUUAGUUUAAUUUUUGACGUCCGGUGUAUCGGAACGGAGCUCGAGUGCAUUAAUUUAAAGCUGUGUUUAAUAUGGACAUAGAGAGGUUAAUAGAAGAAGUACGAAAAUUUCCUGUACUUUACGAUCAAAAACAUGGGAAAUAUAGGAAUACUGAAUAUAAGGAACGAGUUUGGAAACAAAUUGCAACAGACUUGCAAGUUAAAGGUGGAGUCGAGGAAUGCAAGAAAAAGUGGACAUCAGUUCGUGAUCAGCUACGGGAGACUUUGCAGAAAAGGAAAACCAGCUCAGGACAAGCUGCUGUGCGUCAGCACAAAUAUAAGUACGAAGACCUCUUAAUGUUCUUGCAACCCCACAUUGCAGAACGAGAGACAAUUUCCAAUGUUCUAUAUAAUCCCGAAGGAGAGGAGGGUGAACAUGAAUCUACUUUAGAAGAAUCUCAAGACGAGGAUUCUAAUAUUCAAGAUUUUGCGCAAAAAAAUAGUGGAAAUGAGGAACCUAUAACUGAAAAUCAGGACAGUGAAACACAAAGUGGAAUAACUGCUCAGUCUUCGCAAAUGCCCCCGGCAGGGUCCUCCCUCUCUUCCAAUAAUAAAAACAAAUUUGUAAGGCCGCCGUUAAAACGAAAAUUUCAGCAUGAGCGCCAUCUACAACAAUCACCGUCAAGCCAGCUCAUGACUUAUAUUUUAGCAGUAAAAAAAGGAGCUGAAAAAGUAGCUAAUAAACGUUCAAGAGAGAGGGAAGAGCAACAUCCGGUUGAUGCUUUUUUAGCGGGUAUAGCACCAGCCCUUAAAUCGCUGCAUCCGAUACUUUUCAAUCAGGCGAAAGGAAGCAUUUUUUCAAUUGUACAAGAGUUUGAAUUAAAGCAACUCACAAAUAAUAGUUACCCUCAGAAUCAGUAUAUUCCUCCGAUUUCGCCAGCAUCUUCGUCGCUAACUGUUCCAACGCCAGAACCUUCACCUGUACAAUCAUUGUCUAGUCCUACAUACUUUGAAUUUUAGGCAAAAUGCGGAAAAAUAUGUCACCACUACUAACGAGCCUUUUUUAAAAGUUUUUUGCUAUAAUAAUAUAAUUUGUUUAUUAAAUA